AUGGCGUCAACGGUCUCAUCCAUGGCAGCCCUCUCCUGUUCCCUCUGUAUUCUGAAGGGCUGCUCGAUGCUCUUUCUCCUCUGCCUCGGCCCUCUCCUUCUCACCCCUCUCCUGGGACUGGAGCUGGGACUGGGGCUAGAGCUGGGACUGGGACUGGGACUAGAGCUGCGACCGGAGCAGGGACUAGGACUGGAGCUAGGACUGGGACUGGGACUAGAGCUGGGACUGGAGCUGGGACUGGAGCUGGGACUGGAGCAGGGACUGGGACUGGAGCUGGGACUGGAGCUGGGACUGGAGCAGGGACUGGGACUGGAGCUGGGACUGGUGCAGGGACUAGGACUGGAGCUGGGUCUGCGACUGGAGCCGGGACUGGGACUGGAGCUGGGACUGGAGCUGGGACUGGAGCAGGGACUAGGACUGGAGCUGGGACAUGGACUGGAUCUUCCUCACACCAUCAGGACUGCUGCCACUAUUCUGAGACUGGGGCAUCAAGAGGAGCUGGAGAAAGAGAGGGACCCAGCCUAUUGGAAUGCUCAGGCCAAGGAGACACUCCAAGCCGCGCUGAGACUCCGCCCCCGAGUGCAUCGCGCCAAGAACAUCAUCCUCUUCCUGGGGGACGGAAUGGGUGUGUCCACUGUGUCUGCGGCUCGCAUCCUGAGAGGCCAGAUGGAAGGACGGUCGGGAGAGGAGACAGUGCUCGCCAUGGAUACCUUUCCAUACCUCGCGCUCUCCAAGACAUACAGUGUUGAUAAGCAGGUAGCAGACAGCGCUAGCACAGCUACAGCGUACCACUGCGGAGUGAAGGCUAACGCUAAGACAGUGGGCCUUAGCGCCAAUGCAGUGGCCUACGAGUGCAACACCACGUUUGGGAAUGAAGUGUACUCCGUGCUACAUCGCGCCAAAGCACAAGGGAAGUCAGUGGGCAUCGUGACCACCACUCGUGUACAGCAUGCCUCUCCUGCUGCCGCCUAUGCCCACUCAGUGAGCCGCAGCUGGUACAGCGAUGCUGACAUUCCCUCUAGUGCCCGCCGACAGGGCUGUGUCGAUAUUGCCACACAGCUGGUGACCAACGUUGACAUUGAUGUUAUCCUGGGUGGGGGGCGGAUGUAUAUGACACCAAAGGGAACUCCAGACCCUGAGUACCCCACUUCCUCGUCCCGGAAAGGGGAUCGGAAAGAUAAGAGGAACCUCAUUGACGUCUGGAUGAAGGCCAAGCAGCACAAGAGUUCCCAGUAUGUUUGGCACAGGAAGCAGUUUGACGAGAUUAAUGUAAAGACUACUGACCGUCUCCUGGGUCUCUUUGAGCCAAAGGACAUGCGGUUUGAGGUUUUCCGGAAUGCCACACGUGACCCGUCCAUCGUCGAGAUGACAGAGAAAGCCAUUCAGAUCCUCAGCAAGAACCCCAAAGGCUACUUCCUCUUUGUAGAAGGAGGGAGAAUUGACCAUGGGCACCAUGAUGGCAUUGCCAAGCUGGCGCUGACUGAGGCUGUGAUGUUUGACCGGGCGGUGCAACGAGCCUCCCGGCUCACCAGAGAAUCAGACACCCUCACUGUCGUAACUGCAGACCACUCCCACGUCUUCACCUUCGGAGGAAACACCCCCCGCGGAAACCCCAUUUUUGGUUUGGCACACAAGAAGGCAGAGGAUAAGAUGCCAUUCACUAGCAUCCUGUAUGCCAACGGUCCUGGUUAUGUACAUGUGAAUGGAACGAGAGGAAACAUCUCACUGGUGGAUUACUACGAUGAAGAGUACAUGCAGCAGGCUGCAGUCCCUCUGGACUCUGAGACCCACGGCGGGGAGGACGUGGCCAUCUACGCCAAGGGCCCCAUGGCCCACCUCUUUCACGGGGUCAAAGAGCAGAAUUAUAUCGCCCACGUCAUGGCCUACGCAGCCUGUAUCCCACCCUACACGGACUGCCCACCACAUCCGCCCGCCUCAACCGGACACACACACACCCUCUCUGGGCUGCUUCUCUGUCUGGCUAGUCUCCUCUGGAUCCUGUUCAGAUGACGACACACAAUCCGACCAUCAUGGGUACAGUGUCCAUAUUAGCACAGUUACCGGUCCAUAAAAGUUGUGUCAGAGAUGGUGGAAACGGGAUAGUCUAGGUUGUCUAUUUUGGAGAAGUGUCUAGAUUGCUACGUCAUAUUGCACUGCAGCAAUUUCUAACCAUCCUCAUAAGGUUCUAAAUGGAACA